AUGUCUAGUAGCGACGGACUCGGUCCUGUCCUUGUUACCGGCGGCAAUGGCUUCAUAGCCCACCACAUCAUCGCGAAAAUUCUUGAGGAGGCGCCUAACUGCGAAAUUCACUCAAUCGACAUAAAUAUCGACCGCAAUCGUCAUUCUAAUCCAAAUAUCCACUACCAUCUCGGUGAUUUAUCCUGUGCUGCCGACGUGCAGCGCAUCAUGCAGCUCGCUCGCCCUGUCACCAUUUUCCACACCGCAUCUCCCGAGUUCUCCGAUGCCCCCGAGUCAGCGUACCGCGGCAUAAUCGUCGACGGUGCCCAUCAUCUUAUAGAAGCCGCGGUUAAGGUGAAUACCGUGCGGGCCCUGGUCAACACCUCGACCAUAGGCGUUAUCAACGACAACCAUACCGAUCUCGUCGAUGCCACAGAGGAAAUGCCAAUCCUGCGCCCUCCACAACAAAAGCGCCUAUACUGCAUCGCGAAAGCAGAUGCCGAAGACAUAAUCCAAGCUGCUAAUCGUAACAGUGGCCAAGACGACCAGGGUAUCCUGACUUGCUCGCUCCGACCAAACCUUGCAUUCGGCGAGCAUGAUGCUGGCGCCUUGGGCAAGAUGUUUGCCGUCGCACGCCAGGGCAAGUCCCGUUUCCAGAUGGGCGAUGGUCAGAACCCGUACGAUUUCGUCUACGUUGGAAACCUUGCCGAUGCACACCUCCUAGCCGCCCAUGCCCUUCUCAAAGCCUGGGGUAAGCCCCCGCAGACCGGCGAUUCUGCGGGGCGUGUCGAUGGUGAAUGCUUUCACAUCACGAACGAAGACCCCUGGCUCUUCUGGGACUUUCAGCGGGCCGUUUCUGCUCUAACGGGAAACCCAAUACGGCCCGAGGAUAUCAUUGUUAUCCCGAAAUGGGUCGGGCUAACGCUUGGAUUUGUGAAUGAGUGGGUUGCGUGGUUGGUCUAUGGCAAGACUGCCAAUAUGAGUCGUGAGGGGAUUCGGUUUAGUACCCUUAUCCGCACACUCAAUGGAAGCAAGGCCAGGCGGGUGCUUGGAUAUCGCCCGAAGGUGGGUGUCCAAGAAGGCCUGGAGCGGAGUGUGCGAUGGUUUAUGGAAAACGCUUAG